AUGGGAAAUAAGAAUGCCCGAGCAAAGAGAUCCUUUGACCUACCAAAUUUGACUUUGCCCUCCUUGGUCGCAGCGGACGGCAAUACCGCAACAAAUGUAUCAGCCGCCACUAGUCCUAAGACUCCCUUGGGAUUUAAAUCAUUCCGCCAGGGAACUUUGAUUACCCCAAACUUCGAAGCUCUGGAUAAAGUAGCAGCAAAAUCACUAUCUGCAACCUCUCCCGAGUUCGUCCCGGCACUUCCUCCCAAAAUCGCACCGUUUCCAAAGGCUCCUGUGGAUACCAAGUCUGAGGGUUCACCAGUGAUUGAAUUAAAGAACCGAUCAGAGAUGGCGGAUCGUACACAAAUUAAUGGAAGUCCCUACCAUAUCCACACUAUGGGUGACGGCUUGACGACUAUGUCUAAGCUGCCAAUGGAAUUAGACCAUGGAGCGACUCCAGCCAAUCGGAACGAUUCAAAUGCUUCACACGGUCUUGAACUUGACCCGAAGGCAGGUAUUCAACUGUUACAGGACGGAAUGAAUGCAAUGUCUAUUCACUCCGCCAACUCCACGCCAGACAAGACUGGAUCGAGCAGCUUUGCCACUCCGACCAAGAAAAAUGAGACUCCACUUUCAACACCGUCUCCCGUUGUGUUGCCCACUGGUCCCAGACCAGUAAAGCCUCGUUUUGGCCGUGCAGACAAGAAGAAAAAGGACAUCAUAAUCACUCAACUUGGUGUCAUUAGAAACUUUGCUCGGAUCACCGAACGCUACACGGAGAACGGAUACCCGUACAAACAUGCAUGCGCUGAUGAAUUCCAACCUGAUGUUUAUGAAGUAGCUGAAAUCGUUAGUAAGAUGCCGACAAAGGAUCGUGGCGAAUUUUGGGAGAAAAAUUGGAUUGAAAUUGAAGUUGACUUCCGUUCAGAGGAAGAAAUUACUGGGACCAAUGCUCAAGUUGCUGAACAAGAAGAGUCUCCCAAGGACUACGACACAUUGCUCAAUUACAUCGAUUGCCUCGGUCCAGAAUUUGCUGCUCAUGCCAAAUAUAUCUUCGUCAACAUUCUAUUUCCUUCCAUUGCCGACACCUAUCAAUCCAAAGCUAAUACUUCCGUCCAAGCUUGCCAGCAAACCCGCGAAUUCCAGCACAUUGAGAGACUCGUAGCUAAAUUACAACUUUUCCCAAAUAUCAAGCGCUUGGAUAUCAUCUUGCAAACUCCUUCCAACACCAAGAAGCCGCUCUCCAUACCCCAACUCAACUUGGUCCUCCCAUUUUACGAUCUUGGUUUCACUAAUUGGAAUAUCAAGUGGAAGACGAGUUUCAUGACGAAGGCCGAGCCGGUGGGCGGAUGGCCUGUUCAUUAUCUUGACAAGGAGAGAAAUCGACUCCUGAGGGAGAGAGAACGAGUCAAGAAUGCUGUUUUCGUUAGGAAGAGUCAAUUUGUUAAAUGA